AUGCGAGGUUUAGUAUCCUUGCCUCGAGUCGCCUGGCUUCUCAACCCGACUCCAUUAUUGCGGCAAGCUCCGCCUGCAAGGUUCAGUAUCCUUGCCUCGAGUCACCUGGCUUCUCAGCCCGACUCCAUUAUUUCGGCAAGCUCUGCCUGCAAGCUUAAGCAUCCUUGUCUUGAGUCGUUUGGCUUCUCAGCCCGACUCUAUUAUUGCGACAAGCUCCGUAUGCGAGGUUCAGCACCCUCGCCUCGAGUCGCCUGGCUCCCCAUCCCGGCUCCACUACAACAGCAUGCUCCGCCGACAAGGCUAAAAGGCUUGCAACCUUUGGCUAUAUGA